CACGAUUUAUGUUAUUUGUAAAUGUGAAGAGAAUCAUUAAUGAGGGUAUGCCAAGUAGCGGCGAUUAGGGUGAUAAGCGGGUCCUGUAGUGUUCCCGGUUACACUUCGAGUGAGUGAAAGUCGUGCUCGGUAACGGGACGUCUUCAUCCCGAAAAUAACAAUGGCCGGAGGAUUCGAAUAUGCAUGGAUUUUUAAAAUGCCAAGCUUGCUACCCUGGCAACCUACACACAUUUUCCUGACCCUUUUUUAUUACAUGUGUCAAUUAGCAUCGGAUGGACUUAGCAGAAACUAUGAAAAACAUUGUUGCCAAAGGUAUGCAAACCGAAAUGGGACCACCAGGUGGAGGAUCUGGUUACCCUGGUACACCAAGUAGCGCUGGUUAUGUUACUGAAAAGAUGUAUAUGUUAUUACAAGCCUAUCUUCAAAACAAAGGUUGGAAUCCAAGCAUCGAACUGCUGCAAUGUUUUUCUGAAUUCAAGGAUGCAUCUAUGAUACCAAGUGCUGCCUAUUUGCAGAUGAUGGCAUCAAGAAUAGCUUUGGACUCUCAGGGAAGGCUAGUGCUUAGAGAAAAUGGAAAAAUAAUAUUGCCCUAUGAACAUUUUGCAAAUGCUGUGAUGUUAAAGCAUAUGAAUGGUCCACAUGGUUUACAUUUGGGCUUAGAAGGGACAGUUAGAGCUGUUAUGGAAUCAUACACUAUCGGACGGGAAUGUUUUGGUAUGGAAAAAGAAUUUAUAAUAGAGGUGGUACAAAACUGUCCAAAUCCUGCUUGCCGUUAUUACAAAAAUCAACUCGAGUUAACUCAAAAAAUGGGACAUAUGGCACCAACUUAUAUUCAAGAAAAUGAAACAACAGCUUCUCUCUUACGUAGUAGUUUCCCUCAUAACACAGAUUUUCAAGCAACAUUAAGCAGUGCUAAUCCAAAUACUCACAUGGGAGGAGGAUCAACAGCAGAUUUGGCAGAAAUGAGAGGUGCUGGGAACCAAAUAAAUCUUCAACGUCCUCCAAGCCGUCCAUCAUUAAAUAUUCCACAUAGACCUGUGUCACAAGAAAAAAAAGUAGCCACUGGGAAACAGCAUUAUGAAUCCUUAAUACCUAAUAUUCCAAUGUCUGAUCAUAAAUUAACAGACUUCUUAAGAACGAAUUUAGAUAAUUUGGACAAUCUCAGUGGGCUUGGUUUGGGAAAUUUACAAGGAAUAGGAAAUGCAAAUAAGGAUUUGUUAGCCUUACAUAAUGGAGCUUGGCCAUUAGAAAAUGAGAAAGGAUCUCGGGCAUCUUCAAAUUCAGAAGGAGGACAAGAAAAAAUAGUAAGGGCUUUUGCAGAAGUUAUGAAGAACAUGGCAAGGAUGAAAGCUUGUGUACGUCCUGCGAUGUGCAAGCCAUAUGGAAAACAAUCAGAAGCUUUGCAAAAAACGCUGGUGGAUACAAUACAGCUUGUACAGUCGCUAAGGAGUUUCCUGCCACCUCCACAUAUUCCUGUCUCAAGCUGGAAAAAUGAAGAUAAACAUCGAUUAGAUCAUACGGGUACUCCCUAUCUCCCAUCAUUAAAGACUGGAGGUUUAGAAGAGUUAUGCGAACAACGCAAGCUAGACUAAACAAAUGUCUUCGCUUUUUAAGCGGCAGACAAGGUUUUGUCUUUGCGCUCUAUGAUGUUCUAGUCAUGUGGUGUUUAUGGGUUAGAUGGGUGUUUUGUAUUUAAACAACCCGAAGGAUUGCUCAAAUGUUGUUGGCGUUUAGGACUUCAAAAUACUAAGAGACAAAACGAGUCAUGCGUGGACUGUGAUAAACGUGGGUAGCGAAGAAAAAAAUUUAUAUAUAGUCAAUCGAAUCUCCACACCGUUAUUUCAAAUUUGAACUAGCUUUAUUUCGCGUUGCUAUAAGUUUUUUUCGAAUUUUUAUAAUCUGCCUAUGGGGCUUACUUGGAAACUAUGGGGUAAGAUAAUUUUAAAUUAUCUGCCUCAUCAUGAAUAAUUUACAUAUUAUGAAUAUAUUAUAAAAUGGCAUUUAUAUUUUAUUGUUGUUCAUUGAUUUAAUAGCUCACCACUUGUGUUCCAAUGAUUACCUGAUCAACAUUGUAUUAUAAAGAUUCUUUGUUAUAUAAGUAAAUCUUCUGUACGUAUUGGAAGUUUGGACAAAGUGUAAAGACUAAAUUCAGUCUUGCAUGUAAGUGUGAAAGGUUUGCUAAUUAGAUAUUGUUAUAAGUAUUCUAAAUACGAGAGUAUAAAUAAGCAAUUGCAAUUCUUGUUGUCGCUUGACCUCGCAUUAUUUAAUUUUUGAAUAUUUAUUAUAUAAUUAUUGAACUAUUGUUUCGAAUUAAAUAAUUAAAAUCACGACAAAAUUAUCUAGUUAAAAUAAAUAUUCAAUUUCUAUAUACUAUAUAUAUACAUUUUUUAAAAAUUAUACUUGUAUAAAUUAUUGUUUAUUUAUAAAAAUAGAUCACAAACAUAUAUUGUUGUUAUGUCUAGUAUUAUUAUCUGACAAGUUAAUGUUAAAACUUGCAAUAAUUUAUAAGCUCCAUGGGCAGUAACAUGCGGUGUGCACGUAUAAAAAAAUAAAUCAUUGGUCAAUUCAUAGAUAUUUUUCGAGAAAUAAAUUAUUUCGUUACUAUAUACGAUUAAAAAAAAAAAAAAAAAGAAAAGAAAGAAAAGUUACAUUAUUAGAAAAUUUUCGAAGCGUGAUUUGCACUGAUGCUCAAAAAUUUCUCUCUGUGCACUAUUACUUACAAACGGUAUUACCUCUGGCAACCGCGAAAUGCGUGAUAAACCGAGAGGAGAGAAAAGAGAAAAUAUUAUGCGUUAUCUUAAUCGAAAUUCUUCGAUGAAAUGCAUUUUAUUUUGGUUGUAGAAGUAAAAUCGUUUUAAACUCAAUUGUUAUACGCAUAUCUGCGAUGGUAAAAUGUUUCCUUCUCGCUCGAUAAUAUCAAAAUAUAAACUAUAUGUUUCCGAAUAUAAACAAUAAAUUUGUGUAAUGAAUGCUUGGAAUGUGGAUGAAUGUCUGAAUCUUGUUUGUACACAGGUUCGAUGGAUGUAAAGUUUCGGCUAUCAAAUAGCAAAAUUUUAUAUGAACGUAUCUGAAUGCGUGAACGCGUGAUUCUGUUUAGAUAUCUUUCUAUAAACGUGUCUGUUAUAAAACGCAUGUAUAUUUAUUUAUAACAUCUGCAGCGAAUAUGUCGAUCAAUUGUUAGCAGGGCUCAGAUUUCUGUGAUCCACUAUUUACAUCUGUGUGUUAACUUCCUUUUCAAAUUCAAACAUUUUUGUAUUUCUAGUAUGUAGGAUGAUAGGAUCAAAAUAUUUUGAUCACCUUCUUCUGUUUAAAUUCGUUUACAUUCGUUAAUAUCGUCCUAACGAUAAUUUUUUUUGCUGUUGAUAUAUAUAUUAAUUAAUGAAACAUAGUAAAAUUUCAAUUUAUUUAGGAAUUAUUUAAUUCAAUAUUAGAAGUGUGAACUAAACAUUUUUAUUUUAAUUUUGUAUAAUGUUACAUAAUCAUUCAUAAAAAUUCAUUUAUAUCAUCUAUAUUAUCUAUGUACCAAUUAUUAUGUUAGAAUAUCUCAGUUGGAUAAAAUUAUUAAUAGAAUUGAGAAAAUAAAAUAUACAUAUGUAUAGAUAAUAAAGAAAAUGUGAAGGAGUGUUAACAUUUCUAGGAAAAAAAGGUAGAAAGUAUGAAAGAUAUUUCAAAAUUAAUUACAUUGUUUAAAAUAUGUUUUUUAGCAAUUUGUUGCAUAUACAGGCUGCAGGAUUGUGGAUGCUACUAUACAUAAAAGCUGUGCAAAAAUAAGCAUUUUAUUUUCAUAGUUUUCAAGCAGUAUCCUGAAGAAAUGUUAUUGAUAGUUUAGCAUAUCUCAUCAUGUGUAUCUAGUGUGGGUGUAUAUACAUAACAGCAUAAAAGUAAUGUGAAAGAUAAAACAUUAAACCAUUUACCUUUAUUUUAUUUGAUAUUCUCUUCUCUAUAUCCUAAAUUAAUUUUGUUACCUUGUCUUUGUAGUUUACUAUUGGAAUGAAUAUUGUGGAGAAAUAAUAUAAGCCAGAAAACUGUAAUCUAUUAAUAAAAUUUAAUAAUAGAACUUACAAUCGACAUAGAUUUCAAAUCAACGUUGUCUGUGAAAUUGUUGAAAUUACUAGGAACAAAUCGAUUUUACGGUUUCUGGUGUUCUGAUUUAUGCUCGAGAUUAGUGGACAAAACAGGUACAGGUUGUGUUUUCAGUUACGGAUCAUCCACAUUUGGCACACAGAAUGUUAUACACUGAGCAACACAUGCAAUCUGAAAUAUCACCGAAAUUUAAGUCCUGUAUAUCCCUUGUUUUUUGUUAAUCGACAUGAAUCUUAAAAGUAAAAUUGCUGCAAUAUUAUCUAAGUAAUUUUUGACGAUUUACCUGUUACACGCCAAAGUGUAUUUGCAACAACAACUAAAUGGAACUAUUUCUUCUAGUAGCUAUUACGAGACUAACGCGAAACGUAUCAUCGUUUGUCUUGUUGUCGAAGUGUCGACACGACUAAGCAUAUCCAUGACUAAGUCGCUACUUGUAUGCCAAAUAAAAAAAAAAAAAAAAAACCAAAAAAAAGAGAAAAAAGCGAAAAAAAAUGAGAAGAAAAAAGUAAGAGGGAGCACGGAAACAAAGUCUGAUGAUAAAAGGUACAAAAAACCGAGUCUCGAGACAAAUUAAACGUUUUAGGUGUAUGCGAGAUAGAGUCGCAAGCCGUAUGAACUGUUGUUCAGAAUCCAGUUUCCAAGUUUUAUCGCUCUCGCGUCAUAUUUAUUAUCAAUAGGAACCGUGUACAAGUUUUCUGCACCUUCUGACUUUGACAGUAAGAGAUCGUUGUAAGAUGCGCACCGUCGUUGUUCAUUUAUCAAGUCGCAUAAAUGGACAAUCGAUUAAUGAAUGAUGAAUUAUAAUACACCAAUGCUACCGCUGUAUUUGCACAUUAAGCUCGUUGUCGCUUGCCAGUAUUGCUCUUCUGUAUUCUUGCAUAAUUCUAACCGAUGAACAGCAAUCAUUAAAGUUUUUACAAGUGUGA